AUGAAGAAGCUUUUGAAUUUAAAAUUUCAUAUCUUAUUUAAUUUCAAGUUUCCAAAGCUUUGGUCUAAAUUUGCUGUUAUUGGUUUUUUUCUCGCAUUCGCUGUCUCAAAUGCUGAAGAAACGAGAUCAAGUGAAAAUCAAUCUCAGUUGACGUCAUCACAAAAUAACAAACAACAAAACAAACGUUUAGCGUCUUAUGGAUCAUCAAGUGCUUCAAGCUUAUCUUCUUAUAAACCUAUAACAGGAAGUUAUUCAUCUGCCAAUCCUCCGUUGUUUACGCCGUCAGUUUCAAACACAUUUAAAGGGGGCUUUAAGAUAUCGGAAAGAGAGUGA